UACUCACCACACGAGCAGCUUUUUUUAUUUGUAUAGCUUCAAACCUUUCUGGUUGUUUUUCCAGUGUUGAUUUACUUUUCUGAUAGUUGUGUGACGGCAGGUUAUUUUUGAGGAGACAGUGGAAGCCAGAGCUGCUGGCACCUUCCUGGUCGUUCCUCUCCGUGACUGCCCACAGCUCGAGCAGUGGCUUUCUUCUGCAGCUCGCAGCCAGCCACUCUCCAAGAAGGACGAUGCUGUGGGGCCGCAGGCAUACCUGAACGGUGAACUUUAAGAUGUUGCUAUGAGGAAAAGGAGUCAGCAAUGACUGAUGUGGAGCCUGUGGUCACAGAUUUUGCAGCAUCCGGACGGGCAGGCCGCCGGAACGCCUUACCAGAUAUUCUGGGCUCUCCUGCUGGUGCUGGGACUUCAGACCUGCCACACAAACUGGCCGAGCUCUCCGUUUCAGAAGAUGAAGGAGCAGAGGGGGGAGAAGUGCCGUCAUCCAAAGCCUUGCUGGAAAGUCAAGAGGCAGAAGGAAAAAGCAAUGAUUCCUAACACCUAAGGACUGCUGGAUUAAUGAAACCCAUUGACAGACUUUCCAGUUUCCCCGUGUCACCCCAUCUGAAGUGUGGUAGCAACCUUAGCAGCACAGACAAGAUUUUGCAACACACUUGUACCUAGAUGACAUUGAUGUGGAACUACUGUUUUUUCUACUGUUGUCCUUCAAAACCAAUGUUCUACACAUCCAAAUGGAAAGACAAUUAAGGAAUGUAUCUCUUGUUUUGAGUUUUCUUAUGGUUGUAGUAUUCAUCCUAACUAAUCUUCUUUGACAGUUUCAAUUAAUAUACCUAGCAGAUGUGCCACCAACUAAUGAUUGCCUCAAAGUAAAAAUCCUGUUUCUCAGUUGACCAAAAUAGCUUCUUUCUCUCUAACACAGAGGUGUAUUCAUUCUCCCCACCAUAAUAUGAUACUAAGUAUAUAUUAGAUUACAGACAUUAUCUGUAAUUUAUUUCCUGAGAUUUUUGUUCUCAUUAGGCAAAUGUAAAUGGUGUGAGAAAUAAAAAAAAAACACAGUUUUUUUCUCUCCUCCUCCUGUCUCCAAGAGGUUUUGUAAACUACUUCAACACCAGUGUUUGUUUUCAGACUCUCUUUAAACUCUAUUUAAUGAUGGUAGAUCAUCUCAGUUUUCCCACUUUAAAAGCAUUGCCACUUCUAUCAUUUCUGUUUUCAGGCUGAAUAUUGUAGCUGUUCAUGUGUAUCUAAAGUAAAGUACCCAUGUUUGUAAGUGAUUACAAUUGUUUAAUCUCACUGUGGAAAUUAAAUAGCUAUCAUCUUUUC